AUGGACCGCUCCAAGAAGCCCUCCGCGAUUGGCGUCGGCGCUAAUAUUCCUCAGCCGACUGUCAAUAUUGAGCAAGGCAGGAUCGAAGCUUCACUGCCCAGUGGACAGUCCGUCACUGUGCUUUUGUAUGGAGCAACGGUGACGUCGUGGAAGCUGGCCAACGGCGAGGAACAGUUGUUCCUAAGUGAGAAGGCCCAUCUUGAUGGCUCCAAGCCCGUCCGCGGUGGUAUUCCAGUUGUUUUCCCGGUUUUCGGUCCUCCACCAAAGGACCACGCAACUUCUGCACUUCCCCAGCAUGGCUUCGCGCGGAACUCGACUUGGGAGUUUCUAGGCAAAUCAUCGUCUGAGUCUCUUGGCAAGGACAAGGAGAAGGCUGAUGAUGCAGUCAAGCUCGACUUCGGUCUAUCCCACACCAUGUUGAGUGAGGAGUUUAAGAAGGCGUGGCCAUAUGAGUUCGGGCUCGUGUACAGUGUCACAUUGGCCAAGGAUAGCCUCACGACGACCUUGCAGGUGCAGAAUAAGGGUUCCAAGGCUUUCGAGUUCCAGGUGUUGUUGCACUCCUACCUGAACAUCAAGGAUAUCUCCGCGAUCCGCAUCAAGAACUUGAAGUCAAAAGCCUACAUUGACAAGACUCAGAACGCCAGCGAGCACGUUGAGUCGUCUUCCGCUGUCGAGAUCACGGGGGAGACUGAUCGCGUGUAUAAGGGACUCGACCCCAAGGUUCCCAUCGAGGUCGUUACCACUCAGGGUGACAAGACGCUCUUCUCUAUCACUCGCGAGGGGUUGAAUGACGUAGUCGUAUGGAACCCUUGGAUCGAGAAGGCCAAGGGAAUGAGUGACUUUGGUCCUGAUGAUGGUUAUAAGAACAUGAUCUGCGUGGAAGCUGGCUCCGUGGCCGCAUUCCAGACGCUAGACGCUGGAGACACGUGGGAAGGUGGCCAGACCAUUCGCUCCCAGUGA